ACUGGUUGCCAUGGCGACGCGUUACACUCAGUAAAUUAGGUUGUGGUUAGGUUGAAGGUUAUGUGACAACUUCACUACUGCACUUAACAUUUGAUACGUGUAAGUAAAGCGAGUUAACAGCUUGGGAACUACUAGUCCAGGUGAAGUGACGAGAAGUAGAGAGGUGUGUUUGAUUAAAUGACACGACCUGCUUCAAACUGAAUUCUUCCAGAAGAGUCUUCACAUCCGGACCAACAGGAGCUGAGUGAUUUUCAUGGAAAGUAUUACAGUGGAGUCAGACCUCAUGGCCAACAUGUCAGAGACGGGUCAGUGUGAUGAUGGAGUGGAUACAGGACAGGAUGAAGGACAGGAAGAUGCCCUUGUCCUUCAGAGUGAUUUGUCAUCCACGGAGCAUGGGUUGGAAAACAGGUCAGGUUCAACUGAGGAUAUUACAACAAACACAGAUGACAGCUCCUAUGACGUCACAUGGACAGUUCACAUUGCUCUAGCUGUUCCAAGAGGAGAAGAGGCGGAUGUCCAGGAAGCUGCUGAAAAGGCCAAGAAAAUGAAGAAGGACUCAUCUACUCUCUUGGUCAAAGCUCAUAAAGCUCAGGGCUGCUAUCAUAUCGAAUACAAGUUGUUGCCAGGUGAUACAGAGACGGUCAAAGUGGACCUGGUUAUGUUUGGGCCAGUAGCAAAACUGUACAAAGAAGAUGAGAUCAAGAUUUUGAGAACAUGGCAUGAGGGAGACCAGACAUGGGUUGGUUGGAACCAGAGUUUCAACGUCAAAGUCAACAGGGACAUGGUGAUCAGUCUACUUUCUCAUAAGAUCAGGCUUCAGAUAUGGAACAGUAAAGACAAACUGUCCAGCCAGGCUCGCUAUGAACGACUCAAAGUGUUCAGGCCACCACAGGAACAUGCUGAAGAUGCAACAGACAUGUGUGGUGGUGUCAAGUCUACGGUAAACAGACUGAGAAUCUUAUGUGAGAAGAGGUCACACACAUCUAAAAAGCACAAAAAGGAUAUAAUGUUUAAUUCCAAUCCAGAGAUGCACCCAGACACAGGUUUUCAAAAACCCACAACUGAUGCUUUCAACCUCGAGGAUAUACAAAAGAUUGACACUGCUUCAGUUGAAAUCAGUCCCAUUCGUUUGUUGGCAGGUGAGGCCUCACUGGAUGACUGCUUCCCAGUCCGUUCAGCUGGUGUAUUUGAGGUGAUGUGUAACAUCUCUCUGGACAGGCUGUUAAUAUCUGACCAACUGAAGGCUGUACUCAAUCCACUGGUCAUCACCAUUUUGUCAGCCACUUCAAUGCCUUCAACCCCGACCCCUUUCCAUGUCCUAGAGGAAAAAUGUGUGCCUGUUUAUUGCCAGUAUAAGUUCCAUAACUUGAAUAUGCACAGAACCAGUUAUCAAAAGCAUGGUACUGACAUCUACUUCAGAGAUGUGAAUGUGAUCCUGACUGGCUUGAUGACUCCUGGAGAACUCCAGGAAUUCUUCUCUGGUCCACCUCUGGAGAUAGAGGUUCAUGAUCGUGACAGAAAGUUGGAAGAAACACCAAAAAUUCAAGCAAUGUUUGGGUCAGAUGAUGACACGCAGAGCAAUGCAGCACCAUUCAAAGAGAAGAUGAUGGUUCUUAACUCUCAUGGUAUUGUGUGCCUCAAUCUCUCUGAGCUGUUACUUGGGAAGAGAAGUCUGAAGCUGCGCCUGCCAAUCAAAUGCUGCCCUCCACCUCCACUGUCGGACAGGGAGAGAAGUGCUUGGGGCAGGAAGAUGAAACAAACAGGAGCUAGCAGAGAGCCCAUGCCACAGGGCCAUUACUUUGAUGCCAAUUCUCAACUCAAAGUCGAUGUUGAAAUAGCUUGCCCACUCAAUGAAACAGGCACCUGUGAUGGUCUGUUUGGACGGAUCAUCUACCUCUUUGGAUGCAACAACCUCCCUGUGAUGACCAAACUGAGGACAGAGAUCCUCCGAAUCAAUGCGGCAGCUUUUGACCUGGGCUCGCGCUCACUGGAAACCAUAGAGAGAGCCCUAACAAAUUACAUAAUUAAUUUCAAGCAUGAUGAGAGCAAGGAUCUGGAUUUUGUUACAGGAUUUCACGUUCUAGAUAUGAGGACACACAUCUUUGUUCUUGAAGGGCUGAAACAUAAAGCAGUAAAGAGACUUUGGGAGGCUGUUCCUAUGAAACUAAGUGGGAGUGAGGAAGAGCAGGUGAUAGUCCUCUACAAUUCAAACCUGGGUUUCUUCAAACGCAUCUAUGACUCACUGGAUGUGGGUCUGAGUCCUAUCUGUCUUUCUGAGCCACUAGAGACCAUCAUGAGAAUGCCUCUGGUCUACAUAAGAGGAAUGAUCCCCCAUUCCUGCUUCCAGGCUUUGUCAAGGUUAAGCCAGCUUUGUCAAGUAAGGCAACUCAAAGAUGUGGUGCAGUACAACCUCUUCCCCUCAGCUGACAUGAUUCUCAGCAUGAGCAAGGAAUAUGGCACAUAUUCUGAGCAGUGGGAACAAAAUACUAAAGCAAAAACUGAGAUGGAUGCGUCCUCUUUGCCUGUUCGCAUGAAAAGACACGCACCCCUCGACACAUACAACAACAAGUACAUUAAAUGGAAACACAACAUCCAGCAGAGGCCGCUCAAACUGCGCAAGGAUUUCAUCCAGGAAAAUAUUAAAAAGGUGCAAGAAGACAGUGAGCAGUUGCAGAAGCCAGAGGCUGCUGUAUUAAAGAUGGACCAGGCUGCAGGCAGUGCAGCACACAUCUACAGCAUCCAGACCUUCAACUCAAAUGAGCAAGCCAAGGAACUGCUCUGCAAAGUGAUGGCCAAGUUUCCAGGGCGGAGGUUCACCUACAGUCAGCAGUAUCUCAGUGCUACACUGGAACCGAGAUAUGUGACUUCUAAAAAUGACUCCAACACUCCCUCUACUAUUUGGUUCACAAGCAUGAGCAAUGACAAGUCCAAAGUGCACCCCAGACACCCAGAUGAGGCCCGGGUGGAAGAGCUUAGGAAGCCAUGGAGAGAGAACAUCCUACAUGCCAACACGUUGAAACCCACACUUUCACGGGACAUACUGGCCUGGAGCCAACGCUAUGAGGACUUUCAGCUCUACAGUAAACCUCCCCCUUUCUUCAACACACCUCCUGUCACCAUUCACCUGGCUGGGGACCCUCUGCAGCAGGAGCAGCUCCAUGCUGCCAGAGCUCAGUACAGUCGCUGGCUGAAGAAGAUGCUUCCUGGCAGCAGCAACACCAAGCCACAAGGCAACGGUUCAGUCCCCGAAUUCAAGUGUCACAUGAGAGGAAACUCAGGAAAGAUUCAGAAUAUACUGAAAGAUGAGCCCCAGAAGUAUUCACUGAGGAAACCAGGCAUGAUGCUGAGGCCUUUGCCUCAGCUGUCUGUGAUGAACCUGGGUAAGGACAAAGCAGAAGAAAAGGAGAGCGUGGCUCUGGCUCCAGGCCCCUGUAUGGACUGCAGCCUCAGCAGCAAAGACAAUGCCAUCCCCAGACACACGUCUCUGUACAACAAGCACCACUACAUGGGAUUCUGCAAGCAGCGUUCAUUCCUGUACAAGCGGACGGCCUUGCCUCUGACAGAUGAGGAAAAGAGUAUCUUCACUUUUCAGGAGUGUGCACCCGAUAUGAAAACACCGUCAUCAGCUGUCCAGCCAUUCAGGAAUAUUGUAGAAGCCAAACCCCACAAAGACUGCCCCUUGUAUACCAAAUAGCCUCACAAGCAAUAAAACUAGCAUCUUUAACACAUGA